GUUUGGAUUGAGCUUAUUUUUGCUGAAACUGAAAACUGAAAACUGAAAACACUGUAGCAAUUAAGUAAAAAAACGCGUGUGAUGAAUUUGGCUGAAAUUACUGUAGCGCUACUGAAAUUACUGUAGCAUAUAAAUACCAAAAUUUUACUCUGAUUUUCAUUUCCACUCCUCACCGUACCCUAGCUAAGCCUCUGCUGCGGAGAGUUCACGCCCAUCCGAGAUUGAUGAAGGAAGACCUACAUCGGUCCGACGCCGGCGAAGAGCCCAGGUGAGAAAUCCAUCUAUCGGAAGACAACACCAGUCCGACGCCGGCGUCAAACCUUCCUUCCAGAAACCCAUUUCACCCUUUUCCCUCCGUCGCUCGAGCUCCGACCCAUGACACAUCUCUUCCCAUAAAUAUAUAGGGUCCUUUUUUUGUUCGAUUAGCAAGAUUGUUGGUUUUAUCUGCGAAUGGAACCCGAUUUACCCAGUACUGAAGUGCCCAUAAUUUAAUUGUUUCAGUUAACCAUUGAAAGUGUUCAGAAGGCUGGCAAUGGUUGCUCAGAAAAUGAAAGAUGUUUGAGGGGAAGGUGUUGGGAAAUGAUCUCGUUGAAGAAGAGAGGGAACUUUCUAAGUCUUCAACUAAUAAGGCUCCAAUAUUAUUUCGUCUGUGGCACCAUGUCCGAGAAGAGGCUGCUAAAGGAAAUGGGGUUGCUAUCAAUCUAUUUGCUAGACGCCUUGUAACUUCUUGUCAUGGCAUUCCCUUAGGUGGUAUAGGUGUCUUUGCUUCAGCCUUCUCCGGUUUUCGAAGAAAGUUGUUUGAUUUGAAUGUUGAUGACAAAUAUUUGUGGGCACAAGCUUUGACCGGUUUGCAAACUAGCAUUAAUAGCGAAAUUAGAAAUUUAUAUUCAACUGGAAGAUUUACAGUUUUGAAAGAGCUCGAAGCAGUUAAUACAAGUGUAAAGAAAUUGUAUCCCAUGAUCCAAGAUGGUGUGGACUUUCAGAGGGACUAGUACAUCUUCGUACAAACCAAUAUGAUGGCUUUUUUCAUGUAGUUUUAAUUGGGCGUGAUGCUUUGCUCUAUAAUGUUAGAGAGAGUAGUAGUGUCUCUGACCCAAAGCUAGGUUGCAAAGUAGUAGAAAGAGUACAAUCUUAAUUAUUGAUUCUUUUCUAUUUGAUAUUAUUCUACCUGAAUGGCUUUUUUUUAAAUCAAGUUUCCUGAUUAAUGUCAUU